UUAAAAAAGGAGAAGAAGAAGGAGAAGCACCACUGAAGAAGAACUCUUUAGAACAACAUUAACGAGUUCAGUGCUUAACAUGGGUACAUACAGACGAAUAGAUUGUAUAUUUUUUAGUGAAUUUCAUCCAACUUUAGGACCAAAGAUCACAUAUCAGGUUCCUGAAGAAUAUAUUUCGAGGGAACUCUUUGAUACUGUGCAGGUGUACAUCAUCACCAAACCUGAACUGCAGAACAAGCUCAUAACAGUGACUGCCAUGGAGAAGAAACUAAUAGGCUGUCCAGUGUGCAUUGAGCAUAAGAAGUACAGCCGGAAUGCCUUGCUCUUCAAUUUGGGUUUGGUCUGUGAUGCCAGGACAAAAACAUGUGCUUUAGAACCUAUCGUCAAAAAACUGUCUGUCUACCUCACAACUCUGGAGCUUGAGAGUGGAUUCAUUUCAAAUGAGGAGAGUAAACAGAAGCUGUUGCCUAUCCUGUCCACACUUCUGGAGGAACUUAAUGUUACAGGAGCCUGCACUCUACCUAUUGAUGACUCUAACACCAUCCACUUGAAGCUAAUUGAACAAAGGAAAGAUCCUCUGGUGGUUCAGGAGUAUGAUGUACCAGUAUUUACCAAGAAUAAGGACCACUUUAUAAAGUCACAGUGGGAUCUCACCACACAGCAGAUCUUACCCUUUGUAGAUGGGUAUCGACACAUUCAAAAGAUCUCAGCUGAGGCCGAUGUUGAGCUUAAUUUGGUGCGGAUUGCUGUUCAAAAUUUAUUGUAUUAUGAAGUGGUAACUUUGGUGUCCAUAUUCCAAUACUCAAAUGUUUACUGCACAACACCUAAAGUCCAAAACUUAAUAGAUAAGAAGUGUCUUCAGGACGAGUGUAUACAUUACGUCAGUAAGCUAGGCCAAAGGACAAAUCUCAGGGAUGUGUUCCAGUUGUACUGUGGUUUGACCCCAGGUACAACUGUACGUGACCUCUGUUCCCGUUAUUCUCACCAGCUACAGAGAGUGGAUGAAAGAAAGUUGAUUCAGUUCGGCUUGAUGAAAGGUUUGAUUCGGCGCCUACAGAAGUAUCCUGUCAAGGUUGUUAGAGAUGAGAGGAGUCGUCCACCUAGACUUUAUACUGGCUGCCAUAGUUAUGAUGAAAUCUGUUGCAAAACUGGAAUGAGUUAUAAGGAGUUGGAUGAGCGCUUGGAGAAUGACCCCAACAUUGUUGUUUGUUGGAAAUAAUGUUGCAGAGACAUAAUUAUAACUACUCAUUUGUAACUUAAGACAAACAGAUCUGGUCCUGAUGCCUUUGCGUUCGCUGGCUUUUAACUGCCCUUAAUAUAUAUUUGAAACAAUUAUAGGUUAAAAUAUGAACAGAAAAGUUGUGAAACUAUUGCAAUCACUUAAAAUGAAUAAAUGUAAAAAUGAUUCAUGUUUCUACAUGAAAACUGGUCUCUGGUUUUUAAAUUCAUAGCUUAUUAUAUGACAGGGUUUAGUGUGGUCUAAUUCUAUGGUAAGUUAAAACCAUUUCAUUUUUCUUACUGAGAAAAACAAACUGGAAAAAGGUAACAAGACCCUGUUGAUCCAGUACCUUGUGCAUUUACUGUUAUAUUAGGCUUUGAAUGAACAAAUAAAUUUUUUGAAAUUCA